GUGGGCGGGAGGGCAUAGGCAAGAGGGAGGACAGAAACUCCAAGCGGUGAUUAUGUGGAGGGGAUUUGCUAUGUCUCUUUUCCUCCCCCGCUUCUUUCUUUGUCCUCUUUCUCCGUGUUCCUCUCUUUGUCCCCUUUUCCUCGGUCUCCUUCUUCUGCAUUUGUCUGGGAGGAUCCUGGAGUGUUCUUUUGAUCGACUCAAUCUUUCUCUAGCACUUGAGUUCUGAUUGGCUGAAGGACUUAGAAGGGAAAAAAAAAAACUUUAAUUAAGUAGAUAAUCUCUUCUUUGGAAGUUUGGCAGCUCCAUUUCACCUCCUCUUAACUCUGUUUGGGAUCGCUUACACACCACGAAAGUUGGGGCUUGAGGGGAAUUCCAUCCCAUUACCACGGAGGAGUAUAUUUCCCCAUCUUGUCUGUCUCCUAAGUUUUUAGAAUUUUCUAUCUCUGCUACUCCAGAGGAUUAUGUUGCUUACGAAGCCUUCUGUGUGCAUCUUCCUUUUGACCUGUAUCCUCCGACUUGGCUACACCUGGUCAGUGAAUAAUUUCCUGAUGACUGGUCCAAAGGCUUACCUGAUCUAUUCCAGCAGUGUGGCAGCUGGUGCCCAGAGUGGUAUUGAAGAAUGUAAAUAUCAGUUUGCCUGGGACCGAUGGAACUGCCCUGAGAGAGCCCUGCAGCUGUCCAGCCAUGGUGGCCUUCGCAGUGCUAAUCGGGAGACAGCAUUUGUACACGCCAUCAGUUCUGCUGGGGUCAUGUACACUCUGACUAGGAACUGCAGCCUUGGCGACUUUGACAACUGUGGCUGUGACGACUCCCGCAAUGGGCAGCUGGGUGGCCAAGGCUGGCUGUGGGGAGGCUGUAGUGACAACGUGGGCUUCGGAGAGGCAAUAUCCAAGCAGUUCGUGGAUGCCCUAGAGACAGGACAGGAUGCCCGGGCAGCCAUGAACCUGCACAACAAUGAGGCUGGCCGCAAGGCGGUGAAGGGCACCAUGAAACGCACGUGUAAGUGUCACGGUGUGUCUGGCAGCUGCACCACGCAGACCUGCUGGCUGCAGCUGCCUGAGUUCCGCGAAGUGGGCGCACACCUGAAGGAGAAGUACCACGCAGCUCUCAAGGUGGACCUGCUGCAGGGCGCUGGCAACAGUGCUGCCGGCCGGGGUGCCAUCGCCGACACCUUCCGCUCCAUCUCCACGCGGGAGCUGGUGCACUUGGAGGACUCCCCGGACUACUGCCUGGAGAACAAAACGCUAGGACUGCUGGGUACUGAAGGCCGAGAGUGCCUGCGGCGUGGGCGGGCCCUGGGCCGCUGGGAGCGCCGCAGCUGCCGCCGGCUCUGCGGGGACUGCGGGCUGGCGGUAGAGGAGCGCCGGGCCGAGACCGUGUCCAGCUGCAACUGCAAGUUCCACUGGUGCUGCGCCGUCCGCUGCGAGCAGUGCCGCCGGCGGGUUACCAAGUACUUCUGCAGCCGCGCCGAGCGGCCGCGGGGGGGCGCGGCGCACAAACCCGGGAGAAAAUCCUGAGGGUCUCCUUUCUCCCCACCUCUCCCUCAUUUGUCCUUGGCUUCUUUUAGAGACCCCAGUAAUAGAGGCACCUAGGGAAUGCUCCCCGCCCCCCUAUCCUGCCCUGCCCAGGGAUCCCAAGAAAGAGAGACGCUGCAAUCUCUCCAGAGCUCUCCACUUUCCAACUCUUUCCCCCAAUUCCUCUGAGAUCUCAAACUCCAUCUGAGUCAUCCUCAUAGUCCACACUUAGGUCUGAGGACUCCCAGUCCUGAGAUUUUGAGCUAUUGAUCUUCCUUGGACUAGGAUGAGAACAGGCAUCCCUCUUCCCCUUCCCAGCUGCCCUAAUGCCUGACCUAGCCUCUGGAGCCUUAGGAAACCAGAAAAACACUUCCCGGAUAUGCAGGGUCAGGGUAAAGCCAUGCUUUUCUCUUUUUUACAAUUUCCUGCACCCCUCCCCCAUUUUUCUGCUGCCAGGUCUCUACCAUAGCCACAUCUUUUUUCUGCAGAGCUCCUCCGGUGCUACUGUUAGCUCCCUGCUAACUGUUGGCAGACACUCCAGCAAUCUCUAAUGCUUUUUCUCUUGUUCCCCUUUCCUGAAAAAAAAAAAAAAACUGUGACAAAACUGACCCAGGAAAAAGCAUGUCUUUGGGGACUAUUUCCUAAAGGCAGGGCCUGAAGAUGGAAGAAGUGGGAACCCUAGAGGGCCGAGUUGCUCGUGAUACUAUGUCUUCAGUGGACUUCACCAGUCAGGCUGUGAUCUUCCUAGACAAUCACCUGAAGAGCUCCAGACAUAAUGUCUAGGAACUAUGUAAGGGCAGAUUACCAGUCAUUUUCUAUCCCUUAAAGGAAACUUCUUGCUCAAAACCUAUUUCUUCCUAGCAACCAACUUUACCUCUCCUCCUGCCCCAAAGGAUCCUUGUUCCUCUGAGCCAAGACUGAGCUAAAUAAAGCCAAUUUCCCAUUCAGACCCCAGUUUGCACCUCUAAAAGCAGGUCAUAAGGAAGGAGAAGCUGGACCCUUCCUUUUCACAAAACUGGAUCUCAAAUAGGCAGGAUUCAGAGCAUUGGAUACUUUUCUUCAAUAGGUAAACUUCCUGCAAUGAAACUUUCCAAAUGGAAGCUCAGCACCUUGAACUUUAAUUUAUUAGGCACUGUGGUAUGUGCCUUCUUUUCUAGGUAUUGAACUUAUUCUUGGGGACGUAAGGGAGGGUGGGUGGAAGAUACGUCUAGGCCCUCUCUUCCCUCCCACCUUGCCAGAACAUGCCUUACUCCCCCCAUGGCCUAAGUAGUUAUGCUGGCCUGACUGAGGCUAAUCUGCCAACAAUUAAUGAAUCAUCUACGUAAAUCUUACACCAAUACAUUCACUCAGUAGCUAUGACUCACUGCUUGUGGUGCUUGAGACAGAAGCAGUAUAGCAGGGACUUGCUUCUUAAAGAGGGCUCUGGAAAGGGAAGAGUCAAUCCCUGACAGACUCUCUGUAGCCAAGGAGCUUCCCAGCCAUCUCCCUUCUCCUAAGCUGGUCAUGGCUCUGGACACAGAACUGCUCUUUAGGAGAACUGCUCAGAUGUCAGACCACCUCAUCCUACCUUCCAGAGUAGAGAGAACACAGAGAUGUGGCUCUAAGUAGGUGGGGGGAGGGGGAGCUGAGGCUUUAGGGGCUGACCCAUGAGAGUGGAAAGACUCCCUUUAUAUUCCAGAUUGGGACAGUGGCUGUUUUCCUGGUCAGACCCCAAAACCCUGGCCUCAUCCCUACACAUCCUCUGGUCGACUAACACUUACUGAGGAGAGAGGUUACCUGCCCUUCCUCACAGGGGACACACUUCCCUUCAGCGUGUUCUGGUGCUUCAUUUCCAGUUCUAUCAGCAAAAGGCCUUUUUUGCUCCAUCCCUCAGCUUUGAUCUGGGCCUUUUGAAUCUCCCAAUGUGUCCUUCUUCCCUAAUCAAACAGCAGCAUAUACUAACCUGGCUGUCCCACUUGGCAGAAUUACUUGAUAGUGUUCAGUAAGAAAAUCUGGCAAGACAGCUAGAAAAUAUAAAAGUACAGAGUUGUAAAGGAAAACUGCAUUCUCCAAGAGGUCUCUCAGCAUAAAAGUAGGAAUACUAUUGUGCUUCAUAUUUGAUCAUUCCAGGUCAGUACUUGAAACCUGUCAUGCUGCCAGAAAGUUCUUUCAUAGGUUGUUGUUCUGUAUUCCCAAAUGGAUAUGAUUGAUACCAGAUUCA